GCUUUGCGAAGCUCUAAAGCGGGUGCGCGCAUGCGUGGCGCAGUGGCGGGCUGAGAGCGGCGCCGAGCGGGUUCGUGUGCCCGAGCCGGGGCUGCGCCGGGCCUGGCGGGGUCUUCCUUCCCCCGUGCCCCCCCUACCCCUCUGGGGCCUCUGCUCCGCCAGCUGCCGCUGACUGGGUUCGUGUAUGUGUGACCGCUUCUCCAGCCCUAUGAGGGCAGCUUCACUGGGAACCGCUCCUGGAUGUGGAAGCUGCAAGGAUGGAUCAGCCUCGCCAUUCACUGCAGAUCCCACUAGACUGCAGAGUGAACGUGCUGCAUUCUACCUGUCCUUUGCCACCCAGGUAAUCCCAGAAGAUCUUCCUUUGCCAAACCCAGGGGCUGAUGCAUCCCCUUCCCUGCUCCGGUGCCGGACUCCUGCAUUCCAGGAUCCUUUUACCACUGAUGGGAAUGAGGGUUUCUCCUCCCCAUUCCCUCUCGGCCUUGCUUGGUGCAGGUGUGUAUCUCCAGUGGAGAGAGCCAGUAACAGGUUGGUUUAGGCGACUCCUGCAGAAACCCAAGCCCAGCUCAGUGGAGAGCCUCAAGUCCAGCCACUCUGCUUCAUCCUCGCCUUCCUCCUCUUCAUCCUCUGCCAAGAGCUCCAGCUCUUCUCCUGGCACGAGCUUGGCCACCAGCUCCAUCUCCCUGUCGCCUGUGUCAGCACUGGACAUCAGCGCCUCAGACAGUCCCCGGUGGGACAAGAGCUACGAUGUGUGCAUCUGCCACAGCGAGCAGGACAUGGAGCUGGUGGAGGAGCUGGUGUCCUACCUGGAGGGCCAACCCGAGAGCUUCCGCUGCUUCCUGCAGCUGCGGGAUGCGGUGGCGGGAAGCGCAGUGGUGACAGAGCUGUGUGAUGCCGUGCAGAACAGCCACUGCUGGGUCAUGCUCAUCACCCCCGGCUUCCUGCAGGACCCCUGGUGCAGGUACCAGAUGCACCAGGCCUUGGCUGAGGCUCCCAUGGCCAAUGGACGCACCAUCCCAGUGCUGAAGGACGUGGAUCGCAAGGAUUACCCCAGGGAGCUGCGGAACAUCUACUACAUCUACAUGGCGCUGAAGGAGAAAAGCUUCAGGCAGAUCAGAGACACUGUCAUGCGCUACCUCCAGGAACUGUGCCGGAGUUCCACAAAAAGGAUGGAGUAGUGCUGGGAGCAGGCAGAUGCAUCCCCAUGGGCAUCACAGAGCUGUUGCCAUUGGAUCUGGAUGUUGGCAUGUUCCAUUGGACCUUGAGGUCAAACCUGAGCUGCUCAGACCAGACCUGGGAGCCAAGGUUGGGGAAUUCCCCACAUCCAUGAGGGACAGCAGACUGGAGCCCACCAUGUCCUGGUGGCCAAAAUCUCCUCAGCGGGGACAGCGACGUCUUUCACACAAACACUAAGCUCUGACAACAGGUGGUUCUCCGGGUCACGAGAGCUCUUUACUGCCCUGGCAUUCUCUGCCCUGAGAGCUCGAGGACCCCUACUAAGCUGACAAGGCGCCUGCUGGGCUGUGGGCAGGACAAGUUGAGGCAGGCAGUGACUUUGCACGGAAUCGUUGCGACUACGAAAAUGCAGAAGUUAUAAAAUUUU